AUGUUUUUUCCAGUUGCUUUUAACUUACUCUUCCUUUUCAUCUCAUAUGCUACUGCUGAGUAUGUGAAUGCCACUGUUCCAUGUACUACAGUUACUUUGUCACCAACCUACACUGUACAACCAUCAACAAGUGUUUCCACUUACAACGAUUUGACUACUACCAUUGAUAUUACAAACACUUUGUACUCUACCAUGUGGUUCACUCCAACGACUGUUAUUUCUUCUCCAUCUGUUACUACCACGACUACUGAGAUGACUACCGUUUACGAAACCACUGAUUUAGACACAACUUCUACCAUCACAUCUACCAUUACUUCUACCAGAGAGGUCACUUUUGUUCAACCAACUGCGACUUCUGCCUCUGCAGCUGGUUCUAGCUCUGGUUCUAGUGCUCCAGCUUCUCCAGCUUCCCCAUCAGCUGUUCAAGCUGCAGCCACUUAUUCUCCAGGAGCUUCUUCAAUCGCCGCAGCUCCAACUUCUUCCUCCUCCAGUAGUGCUGCUGAUGAAUCUACCGGUGCUUGUACUCCAUCCGUUAAAAUCGUCACUGUCUCUGCUACCGUGACUGAAGGUUCCGUUACCGUUACUGUAACUGCAGGUGCAUCUUCUGCUCCAUUGUCAUCUGCUGUUACUCCUGGAUCUGUUUUACCAUCUCAGUAUUCUCAAGCUCAGAUCAACCAACCAUUAGUAGCUAACGGUACUACAACUUUGGGAGCUUGA